AUGGGGUUCAUCGUGCCUGGUAAAUCAUUAAAGUCAUUGAAACGACUGCUGCUUUCACAGGAACCACAACGAAAGAGAAGAAGGCGAAACCAUGUUCUUUCAAGUAGAACUGUAGCCAAGAUUACAAAAACAUCAACAAAGUUUACACAAGACAAUUCCACUGGACGUGAGCCACACCGCAAACUAACCAUUAACCACCUACCCAUAAACUUGAUGUACAAGAUAUUUCUCCUAGCAGGUCCAAAUAACAACCUUCCUUUACUUAAUAGGACUUUACACGCCAACUUGCAAUUCAAUGGAGAUUAUCAGGGAUCCACAGAGACUAACACCAACUCAUGGGCCCAUUACUCGUUAGCACUACAAAUGAUAAAGACGUAUUUUGUUGCUGAUCUAAACACUCGAUUGGAUAAUUCUGCCAUCGAAACCAAAAUCAAGUACUAUGAAUUAUGUAUUGAUAAGUUGAACCAGGUGCAUAUAGAAGUCGAACGUAGCACCUUUUACCCCAAAUUGCUUGAUAGCUUAGGGGAGCUUAGACUGCUAUGGCUGGAAUACACAUUUGUGGCGGGAAGGUAUGUUCUCGACGCGUCAAUCCUAAACUAUCGAUUUGUGUCAAGCAAAUUGUUGAAAACUUUAAACCUGGUUACUUUUGGUGAUAAAACUCAUAAACGACAGCUUUUACGAUACAUGUCUCGAAAUGAUAUCUAUAUGAAUCAAAAAUUAAGACUUGCAUUUCUCAAGGUAAAGUUUGCUGAAAUUGAUGCGUUGGCCAAACGAGUUCAUUUUGAAUUAAGAACGGAGAAUUUUGCACAUUCGUCAAUGUAUGAUGAGUUUGACAAGUACUUGGACUUUAUCGGUUCUAAGGAUGACCAGGAGUUACUUUGUGAUUUAGACCCUUUGGUGAAACUGGUGGAGAAUCCAGCUCUACCGACAUAUGAUGAUGAAAAUGUGACUGGAAGUGGUGGUGUCUCGCCCAAUAGAUCGAACUUUUACAAUUUCAACAACGGAUUGAGUCGUGGCCAUGUCUUUUUUGGUGAAGUCGAGAGUAAUGAGAACCAAUUUGCAAUUCCCAGUCACAUAUACACCAAAAGCAUUUCGUCGCAAAGGUACUUUGACCUCUUAUGUUUUUUACUUACGCAACCACAUAAAAAAGUCAAAGCUGAUUGUAUAAUCAAUGAGAUUCUCGAAGCAAGGAAAACAGAAGAAUAUUCAGGUACUAAAGUACCCUAUCUCAACGAAGUCACACAAAUCAUCUUCAAUAACUCAAAGUAA